AUUAUCUGAAGACAUACACUCGUAUCGUUGUAUCAUUUGUCAUCCUCCAAGCAGCAUAUCUUCCACAAUAAACAGACACCAUGACAGAGACGGCACAACAAGACAACUGGUCAUCCAAUGAAUACCAAAAUGCGGCAUCUUUCGUGCCCAAGUUGGCUGUGGAGAUAAUGAAAUGGCUCGACCCUCAGAAAGACGACCUGAUACUUGAUAUUGGAUGUGGCGACGGCGUCCUGGACCUGCAAAUGGCUCAGAUAGUGGCACAGGGUCGCGGAAGUCUUCAUGGGAUUGACAGUUCCGCGUCAAUGAUUGGAACAGCCGUGGAGACUGCCUCAGACGCUGGUCUUAAAAAUUGCACAUUUGAAGUAUGCGACGCCACGGAUCUGGUCAACAAGCCAGAGCUUCAAAAAGGCACAUUUACCAAAGUCUUUUCCAAUGCGGCAAUGCACUGGAUCCUUCGACCAGAGGACAAACGCAAGCAAUUUUUUGUCGGAGUGAAAAAUGCCCUAGUUCCGGGAGGCACGUUUGCCUUUGAGAUGGGCGGCCUGGGGAACGUGUCAGAGCUCAAAGCCGGGAUACUGAGUGCGGUGGGUCGUCGCAUCGGCCUCGCUCGCGCCGCCGAAGCGAGCCCUUGGUUCUUCCCAGACGAAGACUGGACGCGGCAGAUGAUGGAGGACACAGUGGGAGGGUGGAAAAUUGAAAGGAUUGAGCGCGUUUGGAGACCGACUACGGCCGACGCGGGUGGCGUGGAUGCGUGGAUCAGGUUGAUGGCGAAGCAGUUUUUCGAUGCUGUGCCGGAGGAUCAGAGGGAAGAAUGCAUCCGCGAGGCGGUUGAGGUGCUUGAAGAGGUGUGCGCCAAACCUGGCGGUGGCUACAUGUUUAGCUACGUGCGUCUGAGGGUUCUGGCGAGAAAGCUGUAGUAGAGAGUGAGACUAUCUAUGGUUCAAGGUUUGCGGGAGAGCCUAAGAUUAACAUAGGCUAGCGGUAAUUACAAGUGUGCGACCUUAACAUCAGUACCACCAUUAACCGACUCCGAGUUAAUGCG